GCGGAGGGUGUGUGCCAUGCAUGGACCGUUUCUUUACGUUAAUAAGAAAUUCAAUUGUCUUUCAUUGAAAUCGGGUGGUACACGAGUAAAUAUGGAAGGUUGUUAGUACGUUACAUGCUAGUUACAGUAUUCGUAGCGUGUGACUAGUGCGACAGGUGCUCACGUGAUGAGCAUUACCUACGAUCAGUUUGUAUCGUCCGCCAAGAAUUUCGCGUCGAAUCUAGAUGUCCUCCGAAUAGGUUGGAGACUGGAAACGACGCGUAGACCAGUGACAGGCGACACUGUGGAAUAUCUGAGACUCGUCACCCUAGACCCUGACGGUGUGACGAACGACUACAGUGUUUUCUACAGUGAAAGCUACUCUGUGCCAGUGUUGUAUUUAUCGCGAUACAGUGAUUCUGGUGAGCUCGUCGCACCUUCCGGUUGUGAAGUCUGUUUGACCCCGACUGACCAUCCGAUAUCCGGUGCGCCGGUUUUGUUUUUCCAUCCGUGCCGCACGAGUGAAUGGGCGGUUCUCGCGCCGAAGUCGGAUGCGGGAUUGAAGUAUAUUUCUUCGUGGAUGAGUGUUGUUGGACAAUUCCUUGGAUUGCGUGUCCCGCUGUCGUUGUUCGAAAGAGGGGACACAUUUUGAAGUCGUGCCAUGGACGCUACGGUGCCCGUAUUGAUGAUGUUCAUGACGUUCGCUAGCUUUACAAUCGUGGAAGCGUCUCGGGGAGACACUUCUGGAUUUUUCAAGAACUGUGUUCAAAGAUGUCAGACUUUCAACUGUUCGAAUGAGUUCGUAUUGACCGAAUUCUAUGAGCGGCAACCAAUUCACUACCAGAUUUUAGGCUGGGAUUGCGUAGAAGAAUGCAAGUAUGAUUGCAUGUGGAAAACGUCCGCAGUUUUCAAGCAAAAAGCCGGGUACAUUCCUCAGUUUUAUGGAAAGUGGCCGUUCGCAAGAUUCCUUGGGAUUCAGGAACCUGCUUCGACCUUGUUCUCGAUGCUCAACGGAAUUGCUCAUGUGUUCGGAUUGUCAGCCUUGUUGAGACAAGUUAAAAGUGAGGCGCCGUUUAGAGGCUGGUGGAUUGCGAAUGGAUUGAUCAUGAUUCUAUGUUGGGUCUUCUCGACCAUAUUUCACACCCGUGAUACGCCAUUUACGGAAAAGCUGGAUUACGCAGGGGGAAUGAUUGCGAACGUGGCUGCGCUUACGGCCGUCACGGUUCGUCUUGUGGGCAUUGAGAGACUUACUAGAACGGGAACCAUGAUCAUGCUUGGUGCUGGAUGUUCAUUCGUUUACCGUCACCUCAAGUUUCUAUUUGGUGUGAGCUUUGAUUAUGGAUAUAAUAUGAAGGUCCAUCUUGCCAUUGGCGGAUUUCAUGUGAUUGGAUGGUUGUGCUGGGCGUUUCUGAAUCGUAGUACUUGUCCUUACGCUUGGAAAGGCGCCGCAGUUAAUUUUCUCAUGGCUGCAACCAUGGCUCUCGAGCUGCUGGACUUUCCACCCUUUCUGUGGACGCUUGACGCCCAUGCGCUGUGGCAUUUAUCUACAAUCCCUCUGAUUCCUCUGUGGUAUUCAUUUGUAAUCGAUGACUGCAGCUUUCUCCAGAAGCAAAAAGAACUGGAAAUCGAAACAAUCCUGAAGAAGUUCUUAUGAUUUUUCUUCGCGAUUUGGUCGCGUGAGUAUAUUAAAUAAUGCGUGUUGGAAUAAACGAGCAAUGAAAGAUAAUUGGAAAA